AUGGUUGCUUUGUUAAAGAUUCCUGCAGAACCAAUUCAUACAGCUUGGCUCCGCGAAGGAUUCGAGUAUCCGACGACAGAGAACGAUGUUGAGCAACCAAUGGGAUAUGUUGAUGUUGGUGCACUAGUGGAGGAUGGAAAUACAAUGGCACAACUCCAGAACGAAUUUCUUGGUCUUGAACUUCAUGAUAAUGUUGAUGAGGACCAGUACUCUGAUGAGGACACACCAAUGGAUCCACCAGUAAUACUGCAACCCGGCCUUUCCAUUGCGCUUUGA